AUAAAAUGGAAGGUCUUACCAAAGCUAUUAAACAAGAAAAUAUUCAGAAAAUCAGCCUAGAGAAGUCUGUCCUGGAAGAAGCCAAAGAGCAAGAGGUCACCACAUUCCAGAGCAUCCUCUAUAAGGUUCGUCCAGAUGAAGAAGUUGAGCCAUCGGAUUCAGACUCCGAAGGAGUUUCAGGAAACAGUGAACUUUGGAUUGGGACGAACGACAUCAGAGAUGAAAACCCGUUGAAAUGUUUAAAGUGUCUUAAGCUUUUUGAUAUAGAUUGGCUUGUUUUGGGUCAGGUUGAUUCUAAAAAUAGGCGUUUUGUUUUAAAUUUCUUACAAUCCUCAUUCCCAAAUAAAAUUAAGAAAUUCGAUUUUUGGUGCAGUGGCAGAAUGGAUCUGAAAAGGUCCAACUACUUAAACUUCCUGACCAGACUCAGCUCCAAAGUCGUUCAAAAAGUUUUAUUUAAAAAUUUCAGAAUCGGCCUGCCCCGACUCAAGAGGCUGGUGGCAGCUUUCAGACAUGUGAGAACUUUGGGAUUGAGAUGGUGCAGGCUAUCUAUCCCAAGUGUUCCUGAUUUAUCAAAGGCUCUGAAGAAUUGCCAAAUCCAGGAAAUAGAUUUAUACAGAGCAGGAGACUCUGAUAAUAGUGAUUGGGAGAACAACUUCGACGAGUUCGAUAACUUGGUACAAGGGUUAGCAAGCUCUCCAGAUUUAAGAUUGAGUCUUGAAAAAGUAUAUGUCUAUGACUGCGGAAUAACCCAAAAUAAGAUUGAACAAGUCUUUGAAGAAAACCAGCUUGGAGGAGUUAACAUAAUUGAUGAUUUUUAAAUCUUGGCUAAA